AUGGUAAACCGGUUUAUCUCUGUGCUGUACACCAGGUGUAUUCAGAAAUACAUUCAAUUAGAUGAUUUAAAUGGUGAAAUAACACAUCAAGAGGUAAAGUCCAACCCAGAUACACCCAGAUUAUCUAUUGAAGUUUUCCAAUCAUGGGACUCAAACAAUGACGGCGUUCUUAAUGAUAAGGAUAUCAGACUGCUGUUUGAGUUGCUUCCCGGUACCGGAAAUAAGGUAGAUCUACGAGAAUUCUUGACAACGUACUCUUCUAGGACGAAUGACACAACUGGACCAGUAAUGAAGAUACAGUCUUUUGUCCAGGCUGAGAGAGAUUUCUUGAUAAUAGAUGAAAAUGAUGAUAAUAUUUUGAGUAGAGAAGAAUUUAAGGUGGAAUUUAGAUUAGCCGACAAAAAUAAGAAUGGAAAUUUGGAAGAAUCAGAAGUACGCCACAUGUUCCCAAUGAGAAGUACUCCCCCAGAAACCAUUUGUCAAAACAUCUCUGUAAGCUGUUCUGUUGAUGACGUGAUGCCUCUAUUUGAUGCAGCAGACAAAAAUCAAGAUUCCCAGCUCAGCGUUGAAGAAUACAUUCAACAUUUUGGAAACUUGAUUCAAAACUAA